GGGUGUAUGGCACACAUGGCGGUUCAUUGGGCGUCCAGGAAUCACAGAGGCAGCACCACUGCAAAAUGUCACACAGCGUGGACGUGGAAAAGUGCUUAGAGGUGGCCAGCAACCUGGUUUCAGAAGCUGGAAGGCUCAUCGCUCGCAACAAUGAGCAGCGACAGGACUUCGUUUGCAAGAGCAAUGACAUCGACUUGGUGACCCAAACAGACAAGGAUGUGGAGCAGCUACUGAUGGACGGCAUUCGCCGCCACUUUCCGGAGCACAAGUUCAUCGGCGAGGAGGAGAGUAGCGGCGAGGAGGGUGUCAAGAAGCUUACCGACGAGCCCACCUGGAUCAUUGAUCCCGUGGACGGCACCAUGAACUUUGUGCACGCAUUUCCGCACUCUUGCAUCUCCGUGGGUCUGAAGGUGAACAAGGUCACGGAGCUGGGCUUGGUCUACAAUCCCAUCCUGGAGCAGCGCUUCACUGCGCGACGUGGGCACGGAGCCUUCUACAACGGGCGCAGGAUCCACGUGAGCGGCCAAAAGGAACUGGGCAAAGCGCUGGUCACCAGUGAAUUCGGUACCACCCGGGACGAGGCCAAGAUGAAGGUCGUGCAUGAGAACUUCGAGAAGAUGGCCAAAAAGGCGCAUGGCCUACGGGUCCUGGGUUCGGCAGCCCUUAAUAUGUCGAUGGUUGCUCUGGGAGCCGCUGACGCCAACUACGAAUUUGGAAUUCACGCCUGGGAUGUGUGUGCCGGCGACUUGAUUGUCCGGGAGGCUGGUGGCGUAGUCAUCGAUCCUGCUGGCGGCGAAUUCGACAUCAUGUCUCGAAGGGUCCUGGCGGCAGCCACACCAGAGUUGGCCCAAGAGAUCUCCAAGGUGCUAACGCAGUUUAAUCCCCUGCCUCGCGAUGAUUAGGAGCCGGCACUUAAAGUACCUACAUAUAUAUACUUAAGUCGAAAUGGGACUUAACUAACCAAAAGCAUUUUAAAUAUACCGACCAUGUACCUAACAAAAAAGUUGACUACGCCUAGUCAAGGAUAUUCCAAAUAAAAAACACGAUUGUUUCAUGUA